ACGUCCCUCUCCCCGAUGGAUCCGUCUCGCUCGAACCCACCGCUGACGUUGCGACUCGUCGAGCAGUUUUCCGACGCGCUGCUAGACGAGUUGGCGUCUUCUGUCAAGGGACCCGUCCUGCGCCCGAACCAUGCCGAUUAUCCGGAGCGGUCCAAAACGUUCAACGGGAAGCUAAAGCCUUCCGCGCAUGUCCUGGUCUCGCCCCUCGAUGCCCAUGACGUGAGCGCCGUCGUCAAGUUCUGCAUCAAGCACGGUCUAUCACCCUCCAUCCGUGCGGGCGGAUAUGGCAUCGCCGGCUGGUCUGUUGCCGGGGACGUGAUUAUCGACAUGAGCAUGAUGACUGACAUCGACGUCGAGCCGCCCAAACCUACCGCUGACAAUGACAACGACGGCGACGACAGCACCACGCGCAUCGACUGGACGCCCCUGAAGGAUAUGCUCCCUCCAGGCAGCAAGGGAAAGGGGCGCGGCGCGGUCCCCCAGACGCCUGCUUCGGGCGGAACUCCCGUCCUGAGGGCUGGUAAGCGCCGCCGUGAGGAUCGCUCGCCGUCGGCAGCCCCGGACGAGAUGGGUUCGUCGACCGGGCAGGGUGCCUUUGAUGACGCGUCGCCCACCGUCGCAUCGUUCCUCAGCGGCCCGCCGCUCCCUGCAGAGAGCGGCGAGACUCCCAGGCAGCCGCCGACGAACCGCCAGCGGUUGCAUUCGCCCGAGCGCACUCCCGCCGCCACCGCCGCGCCACUGCCAGAGAGCGGCGAGCAGCCAACGGCGGGUCGUCUGGAGAUGCCGGUGCUCAGCGAGAGCACGCGCCAGCUGUCGGGUGAAUCAACCUCAUCUGACAGUAGCUCUCGCCAGUCUGGGUUCGGGCGAGGUUCGCAGUACUCGCAGUCUUCGUUCGCCACCUCAGCCUCCUCCCCCGAGGGUUCGGGCAAGAGCGGAUCCGCAGAGCCUCAGGAGCCCUUUGCGUACAUGUCCUCGGGCUCUACCAAUGUAUCAUCCCGCCCAGCGAUGUACGGUAACACCAAUCCACUGGGCCCAGAGAGCUCCUCCGCUGCGGCCACCCCUACGCCAGGGUUCGGGCUCCCUCCCGCGAUGGCCAACUGGAGCGCGCCGCCUUCGACGCUCCAGGGGCCAUCAACCGUUGUCAGCGCCUGGAACCCCGCGAUGGGCCUCGGCGGCGGCGUAGGGUCCUUCUCGUUUCCCGCUCCCGGUGCGUCCAUGCCGCCCUCGAUUAUGUCUAUGAUGUCCGGCGCGGGUCUCCCGCCUCUCUUGGGCUCGUUUGGUGCAACACCAUCACUGUUGACGGCGUCCGACGCGCGGGCGGGGCAAAUGGGCACCAUCGAACAUCACAGACCCGUGCACCCACACGCGUAUGUCACGUUCGGCGCGGGCAUGCGCCAAAAGGAAAUCGACCUGUACACCUCGGAGAACCCGCUGGAGGGCACGAACGCUGUCACGGGAGAGCGCAAGGAGCUAGCCGUACCGUAUCACGUACCCAUGUCCGCGCAUCCAGUCGGGUCCUCCAUCAUGCUGCUCGCGGGAUUCGGGUUUAUCAGUAGGAUGUACGGGUUGAGCAUCGACAACCUCGUCGAGGUUGAGAUGGUCCUCGCCGAUGGCCGUAUCGUCGUCGUGAACGCACGAGAAGAUCCAGAGCUGUGGUGGGCUGUCCGUGGCGCGGGACCAGCCUUCGGGAUCGCCACGCGGUACAAAGCGCGCGCGUUCCCCGUUCCCGUCGUCUUUGCUGGUAACCUCAUCUACCGAUUCCACCGUGCAACGGCGCCCUCGCUGAUUAAGCACUUCCGCGACUGCAUUAAGAAUGCUCCGCGCGAACUCUACGCCAACGUGCUCCUCACUGCUGGGCCUGCGAACAAGGACUCGCUCGUAGUAAUCCAGAUGUGUUACGCGGGCCCACGCGAGCGUGGUGUUGAGUACUUGCAGGCGAUUUCGAGCUGGGACGGAGAACGGUGUCUGUUGAAUGAAGUGAACGAGAAGAGCUUCCUGAAACAGCAGGACAGCGUCGCGCAGGUCCUCCGUGGAAAGGCCGGACGGCAGUGGUUCCUCCGCUCUGCUCUGAUCACGACCCUGCCUGACGAGGUCAUCAACCGCACAGUGAUGGAGUUCGCAGACACGCCCAUUGGCUGCACGUGGUUAUUUGAGCUUGCAGGCGGUGCCAUAGGCGACUUCGAGGACACCUGCCUCCCGAAGGAGCAGCGCGAGGCGACCUGGACCGUUGCCGCGCUCCACCAAUGGGACAUGGGCAUCGAUGACCCGCGCUGCAUCACCACAGCAGAGCAGGUGAGCACUGCGGAGGGGGCUAUUGGCCUACCGACGCUGACGCAGUGGACUGCACAGUGGAUGGGCGGUACUAUCAAGCAAGUUUCCGUGGGCGGACCAUACCCGACGUUCCUGGGCAGACACGAGCCGCCUGCGCGCACGAUGGCCUGCUACGGGAAGAACUGGGCGCGCCUCGCGGAGCUCAAGCGCAAAUACGACCCGCAGUGUCUAUUCAAGAACAACUUCUGGCCGCUGGAUACACAUGGCGACCCCAUCGAGACUCUCACGAACGAGCCGCCCUCCCCAUGAAUUUCGAGCACCACGCCUGAUCGGCGUUGCCUCAUCUACGUUGUAUGUAGUAUAUUCUCGCGAGCGUUGUGUAUGUUCCCCCACGGGGUGGUCGUCAUCUUGUAAUUGAUAGGAAGCCGGUUAGUUUGCGCGAGGCGGUCAUGCGGGCGGCGACGGCGGAGCAGCAGUAUCGUUAAUGAGUCGUUUCAAUUGCAUGUCAUAUAUCUACCUACAUGUGCGGGACUAAGCAUUGGACAGUAAGGGGGUAACUAAAUGAGCAGGAUAUAUGUCGGUACAACAACACGCACACAUGAAUAGCACGAGACUCCAGAGAAUCCAUCGCAGGCUCAACGUACACCUCCAGAAAGCAAGACACAGGAGCCUCCACGUAUGGGGAUAUACAAGAUGCACGGAUAUGUGAGAUGCACGACGAUACAUGCGAGCAGGAUGUGGGGAAGAAUUCAAAAGAUACCAAAACCUAAAUGCGGCGGUCGAGAGUCCGGAUCGUAUGCAAGACUAGUCCACGGGUAGCAGGAAACUCGCGAGCACCCACCCAACGUUCCCGAACAUGUCACGAGCAAAAAGCAGGCAGUCCUCGCCGUCGUCAACGUACAGCGGGAGGUCACGAUGUGUUGACGGGUGGCCGGCUUCCUUGAGGAUGUCGUACACGUCGUCCGCCCGGAGCGUGAAGAAUGGCACGCCGCGAUAUGAUACGCCCGGUGGCGGCUCGCACGGGUGGAUCACGCGGCACUCGUACAGCACAGGCCGCUGCGCAUAGGAGGUGUUCGACCGUUUCCGGCGGUGCACAGACGCUGACUCGGCGAAGGUGGCUUUGUUCGGCGAUGGAAUGGCGGUAGGGGUGGGGCCGUACACUUCCGAGGGAAGAGAUGGCGAACGUCGAUGGCGAGGCUCGGACGAGGCCUGAGCGGAGGCCCGGAAGCUGUCAGUGAGCCUCCGCCUGAAGCUCGGCUUCCGCGAUGGCCGCCCGCGGGCGUCCUCCUGCAGCGAGCCCGCCACGCUGUGCAAGCUCGGGUUGCUGCUGCUGGGGCUGAUAUUGUCCGGGACAUCGAGAAGCCUGCUGUGGGACUGCGACUUCUUCAAGGGGAUGGAUGACGACGCGAGCGGCAUGCUCUUCGUGCGCGAGUACGACGGCUUCGACUCGGCAUACGCAGGCGUGAGUGCGGAGAGCUGCGGGACUGAGUAGGCGUAUUCCCCCUCUUCGAUUUCGACGAGAGUGGCGCCACCCAUACUGUGUCCGCGCGCCGAAGACGCCCGAGACUUCCCCGACUUCUUCGAGUGGAAGCUCUCGGUCGAGCGCCGGCUUGCCAUUUGCUGGUUCUCGAUAUCCAUAGAGUUGUCGCUGCGGGUCUUCGCGCUGAUAGCACCAGGGGACUGAGUGAACAUGGAAGUGGAGGCACUGGCGGGGAUGUUGAGCGGAUCGAGGGCGGAGAGAACGGAGGAGACGACCAGAUUCUGCGUCGCAUCGCCAUCAUGCAUCGAGCUCUGCUUGCCACCCGACUUGCGGCGUGCCUUGUCCUGUGAUCUCUUCUCGGGUGGGUGGGAGAUGCUGAGGCUGUGGAUAGCGACCUCGACCUCGCGGAAGCGGUCCCACCACACUCUGAGCGUCUCCACGGCCCCGGCGUUCGCCUCCUCGUCCACCUUCAAAGCGUCCCAGAGGUCGGCCCACCGACUGCGCAGGUUGGCGUAGAACUGCCCCUGCACACGCGCGAAGCGUAUGAUGUUCAAUGCGAGGCCCUUGUCCAGAAGUUGCAGAUACUGUGGGAGGUCGGCGAACAGCUGGGCGCGCAAGGCAACGUAAGACUGUGACGCCUCGAGGAGCUGUGGGGGUGGCCGGGACUUCGCGAUGUUGAGGUUGAGGAGGCCGUAAUGCAACGGCUCGAGCGUGUGCAUCGCUUCCAGAAGGCGCAGAGGGGGCUUCGUCAUUUGCGAGAACUGCGUGAGCUGUGGGAGUACCUCCUCAUCGACGCCCUCCUUCGCCAUGUCGCAAACGGGGAUCAGCUCGUCGCUGAUCAGGGUGAGGAAGGCCUCGAAGGCCUCUGAACGAACGUCGGAUCCCAUCCAGAUGACUCGGCCGAAGCUUUGUGCCCAUUCGUCCAGUGCGAUUGUGAGAGCGCGAACGAACUCAGCCCACUUGACCGUCUCCUUGGCAAAGCGUUCCAUGAACUCCUCGUGCCGCUUCAGGCUUUCGCCCAUCUGCUUCACCGACUCCGCCUCUUGGUUGGCCUCCGCGCCCUCCUUUGCCUUAUACGCCGCCGAGCUGAGGCUCUUCAUCCGCCCUAGGCUGACAGAGGCCGCCACGCCGACGUUCAAACCCUUCUUCUUCGGCUUCACGUCCCCAUUCUUCAUGGGCGUACCCGGAGCGAUACCUGUGAGGACUUCACGCACGACUUCGCGACGCCGCCGGCCCUCGUUGACGCCACGCGCCACCUCCUCCAUCUUCUCGCGUGCGCGCCGCAGGUUCAGCUUGUCGCCAUGCGAGUCCGGCGUUUCCUCAAUGACCGUGGCAAGCAAUAGUGGAUAUUUGAGGAGGCGCUGGACAGGCUUGAUGAGCAGCGACGGCAGGUCCCAUGCGUGUGACAGACUUGAGGCGAGAGUCCGCGUUUGCGCCAGGUAGGCCGUCAGCGCAGGCGUCUGCGGGAGGUUGCUCAGGUGCUCGAGCGCAGUGGGGUGCUUCGUGAUGUACGUCCGGUACAGCGGUUCGAGCCUCGGAAUCAUUUCCAGGAACAGCUUCCCCACCGUGUCCUCCCCGGAACCACCGUCCAGCACCUCUCCGAGGGCGUCUUCAAGUGCUUCUGUGAACACGUCUGCAAAGGAGGCCAGAUCCUCCACGUUCAUAAAUAUGAUCUUCACGUCGUCGACGGUCAUAGCCGGACCACACGCCGACGACGAUGCGGCGGACGAAUCUGAUACGGUCGACAGCGUGCGUGAUGAUGAGCCGGACGAGCCAGGCGGGGUGGCGGGUGUCUGUGCGAACGGCGCAGGUUGGCCCAACGCCAGGGGGAUGUGGAUGUCGCGGAUGAGCGCGAGGUCGGAUGCGUACGCCCGUUCAGAGGAGAGCAGCUCGAGGAGGGCGUGCGUGCGCUUCGAAGUCACUGCAGUGAGCGACGAGCGAGCGGAUGCGGAAGGAACCA